AUGGAGGGACGAGGCGAAUCGAUAUAUAUUGAAGCAUUCAACAGGUCUCAGCGUCUCCUUUCGCGGUGUUUCGCUCUGGAAUUAGAUGCUUCAACGUUAGUUUCAGUCACACCGCUCAUUCAAGGCUUUCCAAAAGAAGAGGACAAAGUAACUCAAGACUCAUUACCUAGUAUUUUUGUCCGUAUGGUCGAAUGGUUGCCUCUUCUGGAGCGAAGUGACGCCUCAUAUGGAAUCUGCCACGGCAUGAUGACGCUCGCGAAUUCAUACCCUACGCACAUCGACGCCUUCCUGAUUAUAUACCUUGAGGCCAUUGCACUUUCAUCCAGCCAUCUGAUCAACUCAAAAGAGCAAACACUUGCCUUUCAGCUCCUGAUGAAUAUGAGCGAGACGGCUAACACGGGCUACCGGACCAACGACUGUUGUAAGAAUCCUGGUGUUUUCCGGCCCGGCACAGAUGAUCCAGUGAACGCCUCCAAUAUUAUAUUUAAGAAGAGCGAUGUACAGGAGCAUCUUGAUCAAGUUCUAAAAGUGACUCUACAGCAGGCGAAGGAGGGCAAUGAUUACAUCGUCAGAGCGGCAAUGUAUGCCCGCUUCGCUAUUUUGGUGCAAGAAAAAAAGCCUCAGUGGUAUAGCCGUGUCGGGAUCCAUGACUACGGCAUUCAGGUUCAAUUAAAGAAGAUCGAUUCCAAGGCCUGGAUCAAACAUGAUCUAAUUGCUGCGCUGAUUAGACUACGAGGGUAUGCGAAGUCACUUUCAAAGAAGUUUGCUAUAUCAGAGGAAACACAAGGGACAAUGGAUGAGUGGCAGAGUUUAUUAAUGCGCUGGAUCUAUGAUCCGGAACUUGACAAAACAAGAGAUUUGAUGGUUAAAUAUCACGUUAUCCUAGCACUCAAGAACCUACAAGAGGGUCCUUUCGAUGAGACGAGUAACGAGCUUUUCAGGGCUCGGGACUGGGUUAUGUAG